GCAUGUGUGAGGGAAAGGAGGCCUCGACGAAGUAGGUAGUAAAAUGUACAAUUUUCUGUUCAUACUUUUCUUUAAUUAUUUGAUAUCGCUGAUUAUUUCUAGGGAUGGAAUUACGUAUACGUGUUGUUAUGACCAUUACUACAACGGAUCAACAUGUGUUGGUUGUCUCGCUGGUUUUUAUGGUACUGAUUGUUUAAAACCUUGCGAUGUCACCUUUUAUGGUGAACAAUGCAGCAAAACGUGCAAUUGCAGUACACAACAUAUAUGUCAUCAUAUACAUGGAUGCAUUUUUGAGUAUAGCGGAAGUUCAGAGAUUCCCACUACAGGUUAUGAAAGUACUAGUACCGAUCAUACUCCAACUAACUCAAAACCACCUUUACCUGCUUUGACGUCAACAUCACCCGCUACAGAUAUUCAGUUUCCGCUUCAAACCAACAUUUUUAUUUUUGCAAUCGGCAGUGUGAUGGCGCUGUUCCUUGGUAUAAUUGUUGUACAGCUUUGUAUUAAACUUCGUAUUAAACGAAGAAAGUAUACACAACAGAUAUCCGUCAAACGGAAACCAGUCAGAGAGGAAGAAACUUAUAAUGAAAUUGACGAGUCGUUAAUGAACAUAGAAAUAGAUGAUAGCCGCAAUGAACAACGACAUGGUGGCAAAUAUGAUGAGUUACAAGCAACAAAUCAACUUACCGGCGUACCAUAUGAUAAAAUAAAGACCCAAACACAAUAUCAAGAUACAAAUGGUUCUCAAGCCGAACUGUCCUGCAACUCUGAUUCUAGUAACAGCAAUACAUCAUACCUAAAACCUAUGAUUACCGAAAACCAUGAUGACAUAGAUGUUAUACAUUCCAGUACUGCGAGAUAUAAAAAUACAUUUCAUGACAGCCAUGUUGACUUGAUAAAUGAUGACAGCAAAGUGUCGCCUCAAUACCUUGAUCCUGUCCACAAUAUACAUGAUGAUGAAAUUUCAAUACAAAGCCAUGAAAUACGCGACAAUAAUGAUUCAUAUCUAGAUGUAACGCAUGAUACAUUCGUCUAAUACAAUUGUGUUGUUUUUCAUAUU